AACAAAAACGGCACAACGAAAUAUCUCUAGCGCGACAACUUCGUCUCGUCAACUCCUCGACUGUCAACGGGGGUUUCGAAAAUGCGGGAGAUGCACGUCGACUCGGCGUUCCUCUCCUUCGAGUGAUAUCCGACCCGGUUUGCGGAAGAGUCGCGGAAUCAUGUGGCCGAUGCGGUUGGAGAUGACUCGGGACGAAUGCAGGAAGUGCUUGCGAUGCCUCGAAUUGGAUGCUUACGGAAGUAUGGUCUCUGUCCUACGUGCUCAAGGUCCUUUCACCAAUGAGAAACAGAAGUUGUUACAAGAACUCGCUAGAGUGUUACAUAUUUCUAAUGAAAGACAUCGCGCUGAGAUACGAAGAGCUGUAAAUGAUGAGAAACUGGCGACAAUUGCAGAGCAACUUAAUGGUCCAAAUACUGGGACAGAUUGGACUAUUGAAGGUCGCCGAACUAUUCCUCUUCUGCCAAGAUUGAAAGCACGAUCCGUCUUCACGACGCUGGCGAAUAGUUUGUCUCUUGCAACUGCGGUUGCAAACGAGAAAGAACCUAAGCCAAUUAUUUUAGAGAACACGACAGCUAUUGAAACUGAAUCUCAACCUGAACUGAAAAUAGAGAAAGACUCAUCUGAUGUAAAAUCAUGCAGUUUAAAAAACGAUUGCAGUAGCAGCAAAAUCUUACACGAAAAUUCAAAUCCGGCUGAAGAGAAGGAGAUAGAUAAUAAAGAUGAAAUAAUAAAUGAAGCUAUUGAAGAACCCAUAAUAUCAAAACGUGCUGAAAAACGCAAAUCACCAUCUCCGUUGCCAACAGAGCCUCCAAAGAAGGUUCAAGUAGUAGAAGAACCAUUAAACAACACUUUUGGUACAAUUGAAGAUAAACAAGCAUCAGAAACUGCUUCUAAACAAUUAAUACAAACAGUCACGCAUACUCCAAAUGCUGAAAUAAUUUCACUUAAUCCAAUUGAUGAGAUUUCAGAGAUAAAUCCAGAUACAAAGAGUAGCACAAUGGAAUCAGGAUAUCCUAGUGCACAGCCUGGAGUUUCAUUAAAUAAGCUUGCAGUUACUACAACAAUCUCGAAUAUAGAUUGGACAAAUUCCAAUUUCAAAAAGCUGUUAUACAGUAAUGUACAGAAUAAUGUUAGUACAAAAGUAGUGCCAGCAAUUUCGAAUGUCGUAUUGAGCACGUCGUUAAACAAAGUGCAUUCGGAGAGUGAAGAUUUGCAACAUGAAGAUAGCACAAAUAAUACACAGAAAACUUCUGAGAGAUCUGAAAACACUAGUUCAAAUUCAUCAUGCAAGACACAACUUAUGGCAUCAUUUAUACACGAAGCCCUAGUGUCAAGUUCUCAAGUUCAAAUUACACCCGUAGUGUAUCCUAGUACUACAGUAUCAGUAGCAUUAUCAGGUGGCCCCGGGCCACCUCAGGUUAAGCAAGCUUCCACAGCGUUAACAUGUAAAAAACUGCCAUCGGAACAGAUUGCCAUCAAUCAUCAGUCCACUGCCAAAACGGGUGCUAUGAUAAAUUCUAAGAAAGUUGUAAAUAUGUCUCAUUACCGUAAUGCUAAAUUAAACACUAAGACUAAUGUGAUCGUCAUUCAAAAGGCUCACGCACAAGGCGUAAAAUUAUCACACGCAGGCAAGGAAGUGUUAGGAAAGGUGAUAAUGGGUGGGAAGAAUCUAUGCAUUACGACAAACCAGCAUAAUAAUAAUGCGAACUCGAUCAGUGUUCAACCCCAUCAUAUCUCUCUGAACAAUGGAGAUCAAACGAAGACUCCGCUGCCGAUUGUAAACUCGCCGCAGAAUGCAGAAUCCGCCUAUACGAAUAUAAACUUUAAACAAGUAGUGGAUGUAUCCGCAAAUUUACGGCACGACUCCAACAAGAACAAGCUCUUCUCGCAAUUUUUGGAAAGAGCUACGAAGUUGCACGUGCAACAUAAGACUGUGAUACAAAACGUGAAUGUGCAGCAGAAGGAUUGCAGCAGCAUCGCAAAUACGACUGAUCGAGAUUCAUCUCCAAAAGCAGAUUCCGCAAUGGAGGAAAAACAUAGAAACUGUCAGGCAGUGAAGUCAUUAGAUUCCUCAAAAUCACAGGAGAGUAAAGAAUUUAUUAGGCCAAAUCAAAUCGCCAAUACGCAAGAUGAUGUUAGUAAUAAUAUUCAGAUAGAAAAUUCUGACGAGGACGUGAAAACGAUUAGCGAGACGAUAGACGAGAUCACAAAUCCGCAACAUGUAGAGUAUAUAUUACAAGAAGACAAUUACAAGAAUUGCGUUUUAGAAGAUUCAAGAUCGAUAGCGACUCUAAAUCAAGUGAAGCACGACGAUUCGUAACGAUUAAAGGAAUUUCAACGUUAUCGUUGCACGACAGAAAGGCUGAUGACUUUUGUAUUGAAAAAACACUAUAUCUAGCUUAUAUAAUAUGUAUAUUUAUAUGGUAUAUAUUAUAUAAUAC